AAAAGAAUAGAGGAGAGAGAUAGGAAACCGCAGUGAAGUCGCCGGCGCCGCCGCGACAGGACACAGGAGCAGCAGAGGCAGCGGGGCCCGGCGAUCUCGGCGGCGGAGCAGUAAGGGAGGCACAGGAAGCGAAGGGGCGCGGCAGGAUGCACUCGUUCGGGCACCGCGCGAACGCGGUGGCGACCUUCGCGGUCACCAUACUGGCCGCGAUGUGCUUCGCCGCCUCCUUCUCCGACAACUUCAACACCCCGACCCCGACCGCCUCCGUCAAGAUCUUGAACAUAAACUGGUUCCAGAAGGAGGCCAACGGCAACGACGAGGUUAGCAUGACGCUGAACAUCUCAGCGGACCUUUCGUCUCUGUUCACAUGGAACACAAAACAGGUGUUUGUUUUUGUGGCGGCUGAGUAUGAGACUUCACAAAAUGCUUUGAAUCAAGUUUCCCUUUGGGAUGGAAUUAUACCUGCAAAGGAGCAUGCCAAGUUUUUGAUCCAUACCACAAACAAGUACAGAUUUAUUGACCAGGGAAGCAAUCUAAAGGGCAAGGAAUUCAACUUGACAAUGCACUGGCACAUUAUGCCAAAGACGGGCAAGAUGUUUGCAGACAAGAUUGUUAUGACAGGUUAUCGGCUCCCGGAGCAGUACAGAUAGUCUGAUAGAUGCUGAAUAGCAAAGACGUGGGAGCAGAGACCUGCAAGAAGUUUUAGUGGCAGUGGCAUAGCUGAUACUGAGCCUUUUUAAUUCUAAUCUAAGCUGAACAUGUUAUCUUAUGAGCUUUUACUUCAGCUGAAACCAGGCGAAACAAAGUUGUACUUUGGGGAGAUAUGUAUUUUCCAACUUUGCUUCGUCUAUCAAAGUUGAUUCUGAACCUGUUGAUGGCUA